AUGAGCACACCAGAUGGCCAUCGGGCACAACGAAACACAAAUUCCAUGUCACAGGAAAUCAAUCCACGCAGCGAUUAUGCGACUAGCUCACACGAGGACUUGAUUUCACGAAUAACGGCUCUGGAACGUCAACUCCAGGACUCGACGAAACGGCUCUCCGAGCUCACGGCGCAGAAUGCUCGAGGUCGCACGACAACCACCCAGACAAGAUCAACGUCGAAGCCACCAUCCCGCAGUCGCUCUUCCUCCCAACGACGUCUGAAAGCCUUCGACCCAAGCCUCUAUUCCACCCGCCACAUCGCCUUGAAGUUUGCCUACCUGGGUCAGCGAUACAACGGCUUCGAGCACCCGAAUGGCAACGUCAUACCACAGCCAAGUAUCGAGGAGGCUCUGUGGAAAGCAUUACGCAAGACACGAUUGAUCAGCCCUCCAAGCGAGCCCGGCGCGGACGGCGUGCCGCUUGAUCAGAGCUAUGAGCUCCUGUGGGGACCGGAGAAGAGGCUGAAAGCAUAUACUGAGGGCAGGGACACGGCAGAGCAACGUGGUCAGAAAGUCAAGCUCGAGGUCAACUGGGAAGGUUGCCAGUACUCCAAAUGUGGCCGGACGGACCGUGGCGUGAGUGCAUUUGGGCAGGUCAUUGGGAUACGCGUCAGAAGCAAUCGGCCAGUGGAGAAAACAGUCAUCGAGAAUACUAUCGGGAACGGCGAAGUCGGCGGUAGAAGUCAAGCCCAAACGAUUCAAGGCGAAAACUCAAGUCUCCUAUUAGAAGACGAGAUGCCAUCUAUUGACACCGGUGACCUCGAUAUCGAUACCUAUACCCAGCCAUUCGACCCAAUCGCAGACGAACUGUCCUAUGUCACCAUGCUCAACUCGGUCUUACCACCGGACAUUCGAAUUCUAGCAUGGUGUCCCGCUCCACCGCCAACGUUCGAUGCCCGCUUCUCGUGCCGCGAGCGUCGGUAUAAGUAUUUCUUCACGAAUCCGGCUUUCUGCCCUACGCCUGGUCCACCUGGACUCUCAAUGUAUAACGGCAAGCCUGCAAACGUGAGGGAGGGCUGGCUCAAUAUCGACAAGAUGAAAGAAGCGGCCAAGAAGCUCGAAGGACUGCAUGAUUUCCGCAACCUGUGUAAAAUCGAUCCCACCAAGCAGAUGCCGAACUGUCAGCGACGGGUGACGUUUGCCGACGUGGUGGAGUUCGACAGUCCCGGGAAGGAUUUUUCCAAAAUCCCUGACUUGAACCAGACGGGUUCCAAUGCACUCUUAUCAUCUAUGCUCGAAGGCGUCACUGGCGAGACAGGUCCGAAAGUCUACACUUUCUGUGUCCACGGCUCCGCAUUCCUCUGGCAUCAAGUGCGCUGCAUGGCAGCGAUAAUGUUCCUCGUAGGCCAGGGCCUAGAGGAACCGUCGAUCGUCGACGAGCUAUUAGACAUAGAGAAAACCCCACGCCGCCCACUGUACGAGAUGGCGGACGACGCGCCCUUGGUCCUGUGGGACUGCAUCUUCCCAGAAAGCGACGAGGACAUGUGCGACUCCCUCGACUGGGUGUACACGGGCGACGCACGCUCGCUGUCCGCGCUGAACACCAAAGGCGACGGGCGAUUUGGCUCCGCGGGCCUCGUCGACGAGCUGUGGCGGCAGUGGCGGCAGGCCAAGAUGAACGAAGUCCUCGUUGGGAGUCUGCUUGAUCUGGCGAUGGGGCAGGGCGAUGGGAGCUCGUUCGCGAGGGGUGGGCAGAGGGGAAGUCUGCCCAGCGGUAAUGCCCGCUCUGCGAAGGUCUUUGAUGGUGGGGAUAAUGCCCGGACCGUCGGCAAGUAUAUCCCUGUCAUGCGCAAGCCGAAGCUGGAUAGUCUGGAGGAGCAGAAUGAGAAAUGGGCACGGACGAGGGGGUGGAAGCGCGAGUUAAAGAAAGGUGCCGUAGAGGAGAAAGCGGAUGAAGACUGA